CCCGCAGUACAAGUCGGGCUAGAUAACAGUGGGAAGUGGGCAGGGUGCGACGGCCGUUGGUGUACUUUAUCGUGUCUUUUCCUGCGUGGAUCUGCCACGCAUGGCACAGCAGUAAAGAAUGCAAGGUUGAGUCGCCGCAUGCAUGGCUUGUGUGUGACCCUCAACCUCCUCCUCCUCGUCCUCCUCCGCCGCCACGCGUACCCACCGUGCGCCAUGGAGCUCCCACGGCCACGCUGCCGCGCGCUUUAAAAAACACCGACAACAUGAGUCAAGAGGACGGGAUCUCCUUGCCCGUGCCUUGCAUCGUGGCUAAUUUCCCCGCCAGAGGGGGUAAUAAUGUCGGCGUGGACACCACCACCACCACCGCCGCCGCCGCCGCCGCCCGUGGAGCCCCCGGUGCUCCGGUCCCAGCAGCGGGGACUUUCUGGCAGAAUCCCCUCACAGGAUCCGGCCAGACUUCCGCAAGCUGCGACCACGACGGCGGCCUGCUGUCCACCGGCAAGUCGUGCAAGAACAGGCCGGUGAGUGUCGCCUACGUGCUCAACAACGAGCCCAACCAGACGAAUAACAACGCCGAGUGCAUGGCGCUGCAAUGCCUGAAGGACGCCUGCAGCUCCGUGGGCAGCAAACUGGAGACGGUCCACUUCGGGAAACUGGAUUUCGGAGAGACCACAGUGCUGGACCGCUUCUACAACGCAGACAUCGCCGUCGUGGAGAUGACGGACGCCUUCCGCCAGCCGUCACUCUUCUACCACCUGGGAGUGAGAGAGAGCUUCAGCAUGGCCAACAACAUCAUCUUGUACUGCGACACCAACUCUGACUCGCUCCAGUCCCUACAGGAAAUCAUUUGCCAGAAGAACACUACAUCCUCGGCCAACUACACCUUCAUCCCGUACAUGGUGACGCCACACAACAAGGUGUACUGCUGCGAAGGAAGCCUGAUGAAGGGCCUGACGGAGCUGAUGCAGCCCAGCUUUGAGAUGCUGCUGGGGCCCAUCUGCAUGCCGCUCUUGGACCGCUUCGCCCAGCUCCUCAAGGUGUCGCAGGCCAGCUCCCACCAGUAUUUCCGUGAAACCAUCCUGAGUGAAAUCCGUAAAGCUCGGGAGCUUUAUACCGGAGCGGAGCUGUCCGCCGAGCUCGGCCGAAUCCAACAGCGACUCGACAACGUGGAGUGCCUCUCAGUCGACAUCGUCAUCAACCUGCUGCUGACCUAUAGAGAUAUCCAGGACUAUGAAGCGGUCGUGAAGCUGGUGGAGACUCUGGAGAAGCUCCCGACCUUUGACCUCGUUGCACAUCCACACGUGAAGUUCCACUAUGCCUUUGCACUGAAUCGGAGGAACCAGCCGGGCGACAGACAGAAGGCCCUGGACAUCAUGCUGCCCCUAGUGGAGGCUGAUGAGCAGGUGGCGUCGGACAUCUACUGCCUGGUGGGGAGGAUCUACAAGGACAUGUUCCUGGAGUCUCACUUCGCCGAUACGCAAAGUCGAGACAGCGGCACACACUGGUUUAAAAUGGGAUUCGAGUCGGAGCCAACGCUGCACUCUGGUAUCAACUACGCUGUUCUGCUCCUGGCUGCCGGACACCAGUUUGAAACCUCUUUUGAGCUUCGCAAAGUGGGUGUGAAACUGAGCAGCUUGCUGGGAAAAAAGGGCAGCCUGGACAAGCUGCAGAGUUACUGGGAUGUGGGCUUCUUCCUGGGCGCCAGCAUCCUGGCCUGCGACAGCACCAGGGUCAUCCUGGCCUCCGAGAAACUCUUCAAACUCAAAGCCCCCAUCUGGUAUCUUCGGUCCCUGGUGGAGACCAUUUUGAUCUAUCAGCACUUCAAGAAGCCAGGGGCAGAGCAGCCCGCUCCCAAACAAGAACUGGUGGACUUCUGGAUGGACUUCCUGGUGGAGGCUACCAAAAAAGAUGUCUCCUCUGUGAGGUUUCCUGUGUUGAUAUUGGAGCCCACUAAAGUGUACCAACCGUCAUAUUUGUCCAUAAACAAAGACGUGGAUGACAACACGGUGUCCAUCUGGCACGUCGCUCCUGAUGACAAGAACAAGGGGAUACACGAGUGGAACUUCAGCGCCACUUUUGUGCGAGGCGUCAGCAUCUCCAAGUUUGACGAGCGGAGCGCUUUCCUCUACGUCCUUCACAAUGCAGAGGACUUUCAGAUUUAUUUCUGCACCGAGAUGCACUGCAAAAGGUUUUGUGAUCUGGUCAACAGCAUCACCGAGGAGGCCUGGCGAGGUCCUGACGAAGGAGACUGUGACGCAGACACAUUGGAGUACGACUAUGAGUACGAUGAGCACGGUGACAGGGUGGUACUUGGAAAAGGCACAUUUGGAGUGGUGUAUGCAGGCCGGGACCUCAGCAACCAGGUCCGAUUGGCCAUCAAGGAGAUACCGGAGAGAGACAGCAGGUAUUCUCAACCCCUGCAUGAGGAGAUCGCCCUCCACAAGCACCUGAAGCACAAGAACAUAGUCCAAUACCUGGGCUCCAUUAGCGAGAACAGCUUCAUCAAGAUCUUUAUGGAGCAGGUGCCUGGAGGGAGUCUCUCUGCACUGCUCAGAUCCAAGUGGGGCCCCCUUAAAAACAACGAGCCCACCAUAGGGUUCUACACGCGACAGAUCCUGGAGGGACUCAAAUACCUGCACGACAAUCAGAUUGCACACCGGGACAUCAAGGGUGACAACGUCCUAAUCAACACCUACAGCGGCGUGCUCAAAAUAUCAGAUUUUGGCACAUCCAAGCGCUUGGCUGGAAUUAACCCCUGCACUGAGACGUUCACAGGAACCCUGCAGUACAUGGCCCCUGAGAUUAUAGACAAGGGUCCCCGUGGUUACGGCAAGCCUGCAGACAUCUGGUCUCUGGGCUGCACCAUUAUAGAGAUGGCUACUGGGAAACCUCCUUUCUAUGAACUGGGAGAACCGCAGGCUGCCAUGUUCAAGGUGGGAAUGUUUAAGAUCCACCCCGAGAUCCCAGAAUCCAUGUCUGCAGAGGCCAAGGCCUUCAUCGUGCGCUGCUUCGAACCCGACCCGGACCGCAGAUCCACCGCCUACGACCUGCUCACCGACGAGUUCCUCACCGUCACCAGCCGCAAGAAGAGGAGUAAAAAUAGCUUCACCUCCCUGUCCCCCGGCACAGAGUACCUCCGCAGCAUCUCCCUGCCAGUGCCGGUGGUGGUGGAGGACACCAGCAGCAGCAGUGAAUAUGGCUCCGUCUCCCCUGACAACGACCUCAACACCAACCCCUUCAUCUUCAAGCCCAGCGUCAAGUGCUACAGUGAACGUGACGUCAAGGGGCCCAGAUCCCUUUUCCUCAGCAUCCCAGUCGAGAACUUUGAGGACCACAGUGCCCCCCCAUCGCCCGAGGAGAAGGAUUCAGGCUUUUUUAUGCUGAAGAAGGACAGCGAGAGGCGAGCCACCCUGCACCACAUCCUCACAGAGGACCUGGACAAGGUGGUGGCCAACCUGACGGAGGCCCUCACACAGGGGUCGGAGGAAAUGAAGCUGAAGCCUCAGCACAUCUCCACUCUGGUGGUCAGCCUGGCCGACUUUGUCCGCAUGGCCGACAGGAAAAUCAUUGCCCGCACGUUGUCUCAACUCAAGCUGGAGCUGGAUUUCGAUAGCACGGCCAUAAGCCAGCUGCAGGUCAUACUGUUCGGCUUCCAGGAUGCUGUGAACAAAGUGUUGCGAAACCACAACAUCAAGCCUCACUGGAUGUUUGCGCUGGACAACAUCCUUCGUAAAGCAGUGCAGACCGCCAUCACAAUAUUGGUGCCAGAGUUGAGGCCUCACUUCAGCCUGGCCUCAGAGAGCGACGCAGCGGACCAGGACGACGAUGACGAGCCUGAGAGGCGAAACUCCGCCCACCAGAGCCGGCCGCCUCCCGCCGUUGUUCACGACGACACGGUGGCAACGUCAGGAGUCAGCACACUCAGUUCCACGGUGUCGCACGAGUCGCAUAACACGCAGCACUCUGUGAGCCUGGAGCUGGGAAGAAUGAAGCUGGAGACCAACAGGUUGCUGGAACAGCUUCUGGAGAAGGAGCGAGAGUACCAGGCUGUUCUUCAACAAGUUCUGGAAGAAAGAGAGCAGGAGAUCAGACUACUGCGGCUGCGUAAAGAGACGGCAUGUGAUCUCCCAAAAGGACGGACAGAUCUACCUGCCAAAAAGCGAGAAGACACAGAGCUGAGCAGCUGGCUGAGGCUUUACGGCGCAGACCAGGACGCCGUAGACGCGAUACUUGAUGAGGAGUAUACGUUGAAUGACAUCCUCAAUGAUGUCACACGAGAUGAUCUGAAGAGUCUCAGACUGAGAGGCGGAAUCUUGUGUAAACUUUGGAAGGCCAUCACAGAUCACCGACACAAGCCCAACUGAGGCCUUAAGUGGGGACCACCUCUCUUGAGAAGCCAGAACACCUCAGUAUUCUCCUCAAUAAUACCUCAGUAUUUAUUAGAACAACCUGUGUUUGCAGCACGGCGACCGCUUUCAAGCCACGCUAACCUUUUUUCCCCCUUGGUCGUGUGGGGUGAUGGUUUUUGAAAAUGUCUCUUCGUCAAGUGCCACUAUAGCGUCGACACGCCUUAUCGCCAUCUAUGACUUUUACCGGUAGUUUUCUUCAUUAACCCGUGAAAUGUCGCACAGAACAAUUGUUCCUGUCUUAACGUGCUGAAACGUUUACAAUAUCUAAAGACUGACUGUUUGUAGCCUGAGAUACAAAAUUACUACAUGAAAAUAUAUCAUUUUCAUUCGUAAUUUUAUCGUAGACGUCACAUCCUGUUUUUUUUUUAUUUAUUAUUGUAUUGCUAUGAGAAUCUGAAGGAUGUCAAUGCAUGCCCUUUUUUGUUUUGUUUUUUAACAUUAGUGCAACUAAUUUAAAUUUCUUUUUUCACAUUUCACAAAUGUGUAAAUAUUGUGUAUUAUCUUCAAAUUAUAUGAACUGCGUUGCGUACAUGUACUUAAUAUUGUUAUACUUGUUGCAAAUUUUCCAUGUGGACUGGACGUCUAUGCUUAUGUGCUAUUGUUGGAGUUUCUAAGGUCAUAUCAUAGGAUAAUACUAAUUUACUGCUUAUCACAUUGUUUUCAUCAUGUUUACACUGAUUGUUUUUCACUUUUAUUAGUAUGAUUUAACCUGCUGUUUGUUGGAAGGAACAUUUAAACAUUUUUAUACUUACAAGAGUUUAUUUUAAACCACACUGUCAGAAAAAAAAAAACAGGAAAAAUCAAGAAGCUGCGUGUCCAUGUUGUUUCAUAUUUAAGAUGAUUCAAAAAUGUGCACUGUAUGUUAUAUUGUUAAAAUAAAAGUUUUGAUUAUGAAA